UCUUUAAUGAGGGAAAAGCAUUUGACUCCUGAGCUGAGUACUGUUGCAAGCUCUCCAGUCAGAUGUACAAGGUAAUCUUUCAUUGAAUUUCCUGGGUUUCCAUUGAGUGAGUGUAAAGGAUGAGCUUUCUCAGGAGCUUAAUACUAAUUUUUCCACUUAAUAUGAAAUGUCAAAUUCAUUAGAUCAUUAGGUGACAGGAGAAUUGAGGUUGGGAGGCAGCUGCAGUGGUCCCCAGCUUUAUCUCCUCUUCCCAACAGUGAUCAGCACGGGCAUGAAAUCAGGUUCAUCUCAGUUUACUGCAGAGAGGUCUUGAGGAAAAUGUCGGUUCACCAAGAGCAGGUUUGGAAUCUGUGCAGUGCAAGAGACUCUGCACAAGGUCUCUGGGCAACUGACUGCCAGGGACAGGAGCCCUGGCAUGGCCGUGCCUGAACAGCACUUUUCUGCCUACAGUGCCACCCUCGAUGGCUGCUCUGGGGCCUGGGAUUCGACCCUGCACUUGCUGCAGGAGUCCCUGGCCUGGUUCUGUGCUGACCAAAGGCUUGGAACCAUCUCAGAACCUUGAUUCCCAAGGGGGUGGCCUCAAGUGAUUGCCAGGCAACUGAGGCCAUGGCUGCCUCAAUCUUGGGAGCAAGAUGCUGAUGUCAGAGUGGCCGUGCGACCAAAGCCCCAAAAGGGAAGGCUGGGCUCAGGCCAUGCGUCAGUGCGACCUGACAACGGGAGGAGAAGAAUCAGCGAAGGAAGAUCCAGAGGAGACGGCAGUGUUCCUCAACGCUAAGACGGGAGCAGACAACGGACAGGAGCAGGGCUCACGCAGGGCUGACCAGCGGUAGGACCCUCGUGGCUCUGGGCCUGUUCUGCAUACUUCCCACACUCUUCUUUCUCCCACAGAGAGAGAGAGGACCAGCACCUGGCAGAGACAGCGGCGUUCCUGCACAGGGACUCAGCGCUGACAGCCGCCAUGUGCGACAGGGAGCAGGAGGGCCCUGAUGGCAGGGAGCCAGCAUGCGUGCUGUGUCACCGUGCAGAGGCUGACCUGGACAUCUGCGGCGACAAACUAGAGAAAUACGGGCUCUACGCCCAUUUCUGCUUGUAUUUUGCCACGUUGCUUUUUCGGCAAGCAAAUAAACGUGUUGGACUCCUGGGUUUUCUGCAUCAAGAUAGCCAGCUUGCAGUCAGGCGGGCGGCACAGAAGCACUGCUGCGUCUGUGGCCAGAGCGGGGCCACCAUCUUGUGUUGGAAGGAAGACUGCAACAGAUGGUUCCACCUGCCCUGUGCCAAGGAGGGCGGCUGUAUCACACAGUAUAUUACCCCAUACAGGACCUACUGCCUUGAGCACCGUCCAGUGCAGAUCAUGCAGGUGACUCCAGAACUGGACACUGAAUGCCCCAUCUGCAUGGAGCCAGUGGAGGAUAGACAGACCUUCAAGACCAUGGUGUGCCCAGUGUGCAAAAGAGCCCGGUUCCACAGGGACUGCCUCCAGGGACAGGCCUUGUGUGCUGGUCUUUUGUACUUCCGCUGCCCUCUCUGCAGAGAUCAUGAGACGUUCCUUGUGGAAAUGUUUGUCAUGGGGAUCCAAAUCCCCAUCAGACAGCCAACAUCAGAGGACAACAAUGCCUUUGCGGAUCUAGGAGAGAGGCAUGGGAGGUGCAAUGCCAGGGAAUGCCUUUACCCAAGAGGCAGGGAGGAGGCAGAGGAAGAGGGGCCCUGGGAGCUGCUCCUGUGCUCCUCCUGUGCUGCUGAGGGCACCCACAGGCGCUGCUCUGGCCUAACAGUGAGGACAACACACUGGGAGUGUGACAGCUGUGCUGGUCUCGGCACAGAGGGCCCAAAGUUAUUUUGUAUAUCAGGAGAGCUCUCCAUAGAUGAUGAAUACCUAAGAGAUAAUUGCCUCAUAGCUAUAGGAACCUUUAGAGCUUAGCAAAAAAAUAAUCAUUAGACAGGUUACUGAGACAUUUUGGAUCAUACCGUUCCACAUGAACAUAGUGGAGAAAAAGAGGGUUGGGAAGACAGACGUAGAUUAUUGCUUAAGGAGCAGAUACCUAACUAUAUGUACGGGAAGUAUUUAAGAGAAACAGUGAAUUUAGAGACUUUUCCCAGUAGUGGAUUCAAAAACUUCUCCUAGGAAUAUGUUAGAUUUUCAUUAAUUUCUGGAUCGUCUAAGGAAGCAUAAGAAUUCCAUACGGAAACUGAAC